GGCUGGUUUCGGAUCAAAUCUCACGGAGAGGGUCUUGCUCACUGUAAAUUUCCCAGUUGCAUACGCACGUGCCAUCAUCACGGGGCUCAAGAUCGGACGCCUGUCACUUGCUCGCUCGACAACUGACGCGCUUGGAGGGGAGGAGUGGACACGUGGGAGGGGCUGCCAGCUGUUCUGUCACUAGUCGCGCUCAGAAGAUCGAGGCUCGGGGCGGUCGGGACCGAGGGAGCUCUUCGGGAUGGAGUUCUUAAAGUUCUCCGUCUUCUUCGCCGCGUGCUUCAGAGCGGCAGCAUCGUCCACGAUGCCCGCUGCGGACCUCGGUGAAGUCGCCAACUGGGUGAACGAGACGCGGCUGCUGCAGGAUCUCUUCCGUAACUACAACAAAGUCAUUCGCCCCGUCAAGAACCACAAGGACCUGGUGCACGUCGUGGUGGGCAUGCAGCUCAUCCAGCUCAUCAACGUGGAUGAGGUGAACCAGAUUGUGGAGACCAACCUCAGGCUCAAGCAGCAAUGGACGGAUUACAACCUGCAAUGGAAACCGGAGGACUACGGCGGCAUCAAGCAGAUCCGCGUGCCUUCGCUGGACAUCUGGCUCCCAGACCUGGUGCUGUACAAUAAUGCGGAUGGCGACUUUGCCGUUGUGCACAUGACCAAGUUGCUGGUGCAGCACACUGGCAAGGUCGUCUGGAUGCCACCGGUUAUCUUCAAGAGCUACUGCGAAAUCGUCGUCUCCCACUUCCCGUUCGACGAGCAGAACUGCAGCAUGAAGCUCGGCACCUGGACCUACGACGGCAGCAAGGUCACCAUCAAGCAGGAGAGCGUCCACCAGGACAUGAGCAACUUCAUGGAGAACGGAGAGUGGGUGAUGAAGGAAUACCGCGGCUGGACUCACUGGGUGAACUACACCUGCUGCCCGGGGAAGCCCUACCUCGACAUCACGUACCACUUUGUGAUGCAGCGGCUGCCCCUCUACUUCAUCGUCAACGUCAUCAUCCCCUGCCUGCUCUUCUCUUUCCUCACCGGACUCGUGUUCUACCUACCCACGGACUCAGGCGAGAAGAUGACGCUGAGCAUCUCCGUGUUGCUGUCCCUCACCGUGUUCCUGCUCGUCAUUGUGGAGCUCAUCCCGUCCACGUCCACGGACGUGCCCCUCAUCGGGAAGUACAUGCUCUUCACCAUGAUCUUCGUCAUCAUGGCCAUCAUCAUCACCGUCGCGGUCAUCAACAUCCACCACCGCUCACCCAGCACCCACACCAUGCAGCCCUGGGUCCGCAAGCUCUUCAUCGAGACCAUCCCCGGCAUGAUGUUCUUCUCCACCAUGAAGCGUCCCUCCAAGGAGCGCCAGGACAAGCGCAUCAUGGGCGAGGGGCUGGACAUCUCGGAGAUCUCGGGGAACCAGGAGCCGCCGGGUCAGGUGUACCACUCCGCGAUCACGCGCAAUGCCGACGUGCGGGCCGCCAUCGAGGGCAUCAAGUACAUUGCGGAGCACAUGAAGGGCGACCAGGAGUCGAGCAACGCAGCGGAGGAGUGGAAGUUCGUGGCUAUGGUUCUGGACCACAUCCUGCUGGGCUUCUUCAGCCUCGUGUGCGUCAUCGGCACCAUCGCCGUGUUUGCGGGACGCCUCAUCGAGCUCAACAUGAACAAAUAGAGCCCCGGCCCUGCAGGGCGCCAGCAGCAGCGGCAGGGGUGGCGGUGGCAGCAAAAAAAUCCGUGUACGACCCAUGCGGCGACGAGUCGGCUUGGUUCCGAGCACAGCCGUGGCUAAUGUGGACUGUUGAGCUGAUUUCGAAACGAGAGUCUUGAUCUAAAUGCACUGGUGUGGUGUGUGUGUGUAGUGGUUGUUGUGCGUCCUCCGGUGAAACACCUGGAUUUCCACGGUGUUGGGUGGCUUGUCGAUGUAGAUUAUUACCUGGGUUGAUGAACAAUCAGCGUGAAGACCCUCCGAGCGAUGAACUGCUCACUGGGAUCAUGUCCUGUAACUGUGCAGGGGACCUCACAGAUGAAUAGCAAUAGCCCGUUGCUCCUGUACGCUCAGCUGUGCUGUGUGAAUGGUGCGUCCGGGCGUUUGUGCCAUUGUCUCAGUGUCCACAGUUGUCGUUGAGGAUUGACAUUAUGAGCCUAACAUUACCCUGUAAAUUCACCUCUUUAUCCUAUGGUUCAUUUCAAAACCAAAAAAAUGUGUUAAUGUGUUUUCCCAAGAAAUAAACAGAUACUGUAAAUGUGUUUACGCAAUCCGUGUGGAAAUUACUUUUGCUAAGUCGUGUAGGGUCACGCAGUGUCACCCACAUUUAACAAGAAUUCUUGUAAAUCCAGUAAUUGAGGACACCAGCUUAAACGGAACGCGUGUUGCAAGGCAGAACCGGAUGGUGUGGGGACAGUCAUGAGAUAAACGUGUGGGGAAAUAAUCACGCGGUGAAGAAAGCCACCUGCAGUUGCUCACUUCCCCACGCGUGUCUGCGUGAUGUUGUUGCGUCUCCUAUGACGAGCAGGGAUAAAGCAAUUCCAGCACUUUCUGCCGAUGAAGAGAAACUCACCAAAACAGAAGAGGGAUUCAUCUUCUUG